GAAGCACUAUCAUCAGUUAGCAUCAUCGAUUAGGGCACGUUACAAUAAUCCCACUCAAGCGGCAGCCCCCCAACCACCGGAGCAAAAUUUUCUAUCACUCUAGUGGAGGAGGGGUUGUUUGUUGGCUUACAAAAAGACUUUAUCUUUCGCUCUCUUGAAAAAUUGGAAUGAGUGCCGAUGCAGAAGGAGGAACUGACCAAGGUGUGAAAAUGGAGACCGACAACUCCGUCUUCAUGUGUGGCUACCUUCCCGGAGUAUCUCUUCAGAGGUCGCCGCUCUUGUCUCCGACUGCCGUCACGCUCUCUAACUCCACGGGUAUCAGAGGAGCCUCGUGGAACGAUGUUUGUGGCGGCGGAUGUGGGUUUGCAAUGGCCAUAUCAGAUACUGGGAGACUAAUUACAUGGGGUUCAACGGAUGACCUAGGCCAAAGUUACGUUACUUCUGGGAAACACGGGGAAACACCAGAGCCUUUUCCUCUUCCCACUGAAUCUUCAAUAGUCAAAGCUGCCGCUGGAUGGGCACAUUGUGUUGCAGUUACAGACAAUGGAGAAGUCUACACAUGGGGAUGGAAAGAAUGUGUUCCUACAGGAAAGAUAUUUGGUGAUCAACCCACAGGAGUAAGCUUGGAGAAGGUAGAAGUACUUGAAAAGCAGAACUCAUUAUUGACAGAUCAAGCAGUGACUACUCCCCGCACUCAGCUAAGAUCUAGCAGUGGUGGUGGAGAAGAAACUACAAAACGCAGGCGAAUAUCAUCCGCUAAGCAAACAGCAGAAACUUCAUCAGCUGGUGAUGAAACUCUUUCGGCACUGCCAUGUUUAGUGACUCUGAAUCCUGGAGUAAGAAUAGCGACAGUUGCUGCCGGUGGUCGUCAUACAUUGGCACUAUCAGUUUCAGAUAUGGGACAAGUGUGGGGUUGGGGCUAUGGAGGUGAAGGACAACUUGGUCUAGGAUCAAGGAUCCGUAUGGUAUCAUCUCCACAUCCAGUGCCUUGCAUUUCUUCGUGUGCUUUUGGGCAAGAUCAGCCUACAUCGUUUCCACAAGGAGGUUUGCUUUCAGAGGGACAGGGUUAUCGGGUACCAGGAAACUAUGUGAAGGGAAUUGCGUGUGGGGGGAGACAUAGUGCAGUGAUUACAGAUGCUGGUGCGCUACUUGCUUUUGGCUGGGGACUCUAUGGACAGUGUGGACUUGGAAGCACAGACGAUGAGCUCAGUCCCGUAUGUGUAUCUUCCUUAUUGGGCAUCAGAAUAGAGGGAGUGGCUGCCGGUCUGUGGCACACAGUCUGCAUUUCUGCCGAUGGUGAUGUUUAUUCAUUUGGUGGAAAUCAGUUUGGACAACUGGGAACCGGCAGUGAUCAAGCUGAGACUCUGCCCAGGGUUCUUGAAGCUCCAAGUUUAUCAGACACGAAUGCUAUUAUUGUAUCGUGUGGAGCUCGACACAGUUCUGUGGUUACAGAUGAUGGAAAGGUAUUCUGCUGGGGAUGGAAUAAGUACGGGCAGCUUGGUCUAGGAGAUGUAAUGGACAGAAACAUUCCCUGUCAAGUUCCAAUUGAUGGAUGCAUUGCAAGAAACGUUGCGUGUGGUUGGUGGCAUACCCUUCUCAUGGCGGCUGAAUCGCCUACUUGAAUUCUCCAUGGCUGCCAAGAGGAGGACAUAUCUAACACACAUUUUUGUUAGGUUAGUAAUUCUAAUCCCCAUUGGUAGUAGAUUGGAGGAGGAGGUUUCAGCCGAUAUGUACAUACAACAGCAUUGUAUCGUAUUUUACUCUACUGUAUCUAUAUUAUUAAACGAAUCAUUCUUUCAAGGUCAAGUUUCAAUACAUAUAUAAAUGACAGCUUAGAGGAGAUCUAGAGGCUUAAUUUGGUAUGAUGUAUGUAUAUAUAUUCUUUUGC